UGCAAUGGGGGCAAGGCUUUCAACCUAAGCCCCACGCUACAUAACGCUGCGUCGAAAUUUCGCAAGUACGACGAAGGUAACCGUAUCAUUCUCGUUGGCACGACCAAGUGGUUUCUUCCCAGCGGUGAGCUACUCUUACAAGACUACAAUUGGACUGUCGGUUCUCGAUCUCCAUUUAGUUGA